CUUCCCUCAGAGUGCUUGGUCCUCUCCACCUGCCUCGUCCGUCACUACCACUUCGUUGGUCAGACGUUGACUUGGACCGAAGCUCAGAAAUACUGCAGAGAGAAACACACGGACCUGGCCACCAUGCACAACUCUUCGGAACAGAACCAACUCAUCAACACACUUUCAUCUGCUGGUUCCAGCUCUGACGUCUGGAUCGGUCUGAGGAAUCAAGUCGACUGGAAGUGGUCUGAUGGGUUCAACGGUACCGGGGCUGACUACAGGGACUGGUUGAGUAGCUAUCCAAGGUUUUACUCAUGCCGAGAGUUCUGUGUAUGCAUGCAUAAGUCUUCAUCAAGCUCUUCAUCAUGGGGGGACUAUAAUUGCCAGAAAAGCCUACCCUUCCUGUGUUACAGAGGAUCACAGCAGAAUCCUGAAUAUGUUUAUGUGCCCCAGGCGAUGAACUGGUCCAGCGCUCAGAGUUACUGCAGGGAGAACUUCAUAGACCUGGCCAUUAUGAGGAACGAUACAGAGAGAGAGGCGGCAGAGAGCAGCUCAGGAAGAUGGAGGUUUCUGUCGUGUGAAACCAGAUUACCGUUUGUCUGCUACAGUUAUGACACACCAGUCAUGAAGAAGGUGGUGAAGGUGAAAGUGAAGGUGGACGACUCUGUGGACCUGAAUGACCCGGCGGUGCAAGAACAACUCCUGAAACAGCUCCAGGAGAGACUGAAGGAGGACGGAGUGGACGGAGUCACCCUGAAGUGGAAAGAGCAGAAGGAUGGAGAAGUUUUCCACAAGGAGGACGAGUUGUGA